AUGGAUCCAUCCGAGGCCAUUCCAAUGUUAAUGGAUUUCGCUGGUCUCCGAGAUUCAUUUGGAGCAGACAUCGAUGGUCUCGUUGAUGCUUUGCUGUUCCUGAAUGUAUCAGUGCACAACCUGCAAGCAGGAGGUGAUAUUAAUGCAGCCGCGUCUCUCUACGUAGACAGUGUAGCAACGAACGGCGGGGUAUCGGCAUCAUCGCACACUGGGGAUGGCCUGAGGGCCCCGGAUCCGGAGUAUUCGCAGACACUGCUUAGCCCUUCUUUCCACUCGGGCCAACUGGCCGCAAGCUCUGCAGGCUUUACUCAGCGAAAUGUGACAGCUCUCGCCGUGAAUUCUUCUGUUGGGACGGUGGCAUUUCGGGAGCUGUUUGAACUGCCUGGAGGAUUAUCGUGCCAAGAGUCGUUUGGACGUUUCUUUGACUGGAAAUGGAAGUUUUCCGGUAUCCUGGACAUACUUGGUCAAUGCAAGUUCGUGAUGGGUGCGCAAGCUGAAGCACACUUGCAGCGCUUCUGCGGCGGUGUGUGGCAGGCGAAAGAAUUGGGCAGAAUGCAGAACAAGUGGCUUCUGGUGAACAUUCAACAGGCUGAUGCUUUUGAGUCUCUCAGACUUAAUAGAGAUGUUUGGAAGGCGGAGGUUGUUCAGGAUCUUAUCAAGGACUUUUUCAUCUUCUGGCAAAGGACAGAUCGGUGCGAAGAAGGCCAAAUUUUCUGCGACAUGUACCGCGUAGUUUUUGAAUUCGUUGAGCGCCAGCAAAUGGCAGAAAAGAAGCGCAGUCCGAGCCCCCAACCUUCAGAAGGCUCCCACUCCCACAGUGUUCCUCCAGGCCCCACACAUUUGACUUCUGCAAAGGCUGCAGCUGUUUCACCUGGUGCUGCUCCUAGUGAACUUUCCGUUGCACGCGCGGAGUCUCCGACUGCGACUGCUGCAGGUGCAGCAGUAGCAUCAACAGCAAAUGAAGUGGACGCAGGUACUGGAGGCCACCAGUUACAGUCGCAUAAGCCGAACGCGGGGGAAACCGAAGCCUCUGCCUACAAGGACGUUAAUUCUCAGUUGUUGGAUCUGAGGAGGCUUCGUGAGGAGCGAAGGCAACGGCAAAAAAAGACUCAGACACAGAGCUAA